UACCUACUUUGCCAUGGGAUCUCCACUAGUUUGGUUGCUGCUCGUAGCCGUCUGCACGGUGUCCUUCCUGGGAGAAUCAAGUGCGGUCUGCUGUACCGACAACAUGACCAUCAAAUUUUGGGUCAAAAACAAUAAUUGUGGCGCUCUUAAUGCCAAAAAAGUUUCUGGCGGUUUCUGUCAGAUGACAAUUUGUGGCGACGGAGAACGGCUCGUUGGCUAUUAUUGUGGAAAAGGGCCGUGCAACAUUUUUGGAUGCGCUUGCGAAGGCGGCUGCCGGCAUGGAAACUGGGUUGAGUCCUUUUUGGCCCGGAACAGGCGUCACGAAGUUUCGGUAAUGGAUGCAUCCGGAUCAAACGAAAUGAGUCCUGGAUUAGAUGGUGCCAUAUCGGGCAUAACAGCGCCGUACAAGUAAAUAAGUUUUCACUGUUUUUAUACUCUUGCAGAGGGUACAUAUAUUAAUUUUGGCCAAAGUUACUUUUGUUGUUGUCAAUAUA